AUGAUAAUGAACACAAAGAAGCUAAUCAAGAUGGUCAAGAAAUGGCAACAAAGAGCAGCCCUCCACAGGAAAAGGAUCUCAUUUCAGAGGUCGAGUUCUGGUGGUAGCAGCUCAACGUCAUUAGAUAAGGGUUGCUUUGUGGUUUAUACGGCGGACAAAGCCCGCUUUACUUUUCCAAUAAGUUACCUGAGCAACUCUGUUUUCCAAGUACUCUUGAAAAUCUCUGAAGAAGAGUUCGGCCUCCCCACCGAAGGACCAAUUACAUUGCCAUUCGAUUCUGUUUUCUUGGAGUAUCUUAUCAAAUUGGUCCAGCGACGAAUGGAUGAAGAUACAGAAAAGGCUUUGUUAAUGUCAAUCUCUAGUGCUAGAUGUUCUUGGCAAUGCUCUUUGCAACUACAAGAUCAAAGUAGUUGUCAACAUUUGCUUGUAUUUUAGAGUGUAGCAGUUUCUGUAUUAUAUAGGCACAGAAAUAAACAUUAUUAUCUUCA